AUUCAGCUGAGGCACAUUUGCUGUGCUGUGCUCCACUUUGCUUUUUGAAAAUAUAAAAUGCAUACAAAUGAAUUUUUCUGGAUUGCUUGGCUGAUGGCGGUGACUUCUUCAGCAUAUGCAGAGAAAAAUAAGGUGACAUUAAGAAUAAAGCAGAAUGAACCGGUUUACACCGGUGAUAAUGUCACCCUGGAGUGCAGCAUUGAGAGUGACUUACCUAACUGGAGAUAUCGCUGGCACGAAUGGAGCUCAUCAAGACUGCGGGUUAAUAAUGAUACCCAUGAACACACUUACAUGCUUAAGUCCUUGCCUUCAAAUCGCAUUGAAGUGUACUGGUGUGCUGCUUUCAGAGAUGAUCAUCCAUAUUACUUCAGGUUCAGCAAUGCUGUGAUACUGACAGACAAACCAAAGAUGACUCUGAAAAUGUUUAAACCUGUACACAUCGGAGACACACUGACUCUGAAGUGUAGCAUGGAGGGCGGCUUGACUGGCUGGAGGUACACCUGGUACAAACUGAACUGGACAGAAGGGAGUGAUUUACUUACUGGCACCACUGGAGACACUUACACGGUCCAGUCUGUGACUCAGUCUGAUACUGGAGUGUACUGGUGUGCUGGUGAAAGAGAUGGGCAUCCUCAAUAUUCCGACCCCAGCAAUGCUGUUACACUGAGUUUUCAAGAGAAACUAAAUGUCACACUAAAGAUGAGAAAUCAGAAAGAACUGUUUAACCAAUAUGACAAUGUGACUCUGGAGUGCAGAAUUGAGGAGGGCUUACCUGGCUGGAGAUAUCGUUGGUUUAAAAGCAGCUGGCUAAACGAGUGGAUGGAGAUUCCUGACAUUACUGAAGACACGUUCGUGAUAGAGGAAGUGAGCUCACCUUACAUUGGAGAGUACUGGUGUUUGGCUGUCAGAGAUGAUCCUCCUGAUUACUCAGAGGUCAGCAAUUCUGUGACAGUGAACGUUCAAGAUCUUUUAAGGGUGACACCGAAAAUCUGGAAUCAGAGUAAAGGCGUCGGAGAGAAUGUGACUCUGAGAUGCAACAAUCUAAGCAGCUCUAAAUACGGGACGUAUUACUGGACAAAAUGGAGUCAGACUACAGUAACUGAAUGGCGUUACAAACGCUCUCAAGCCACUCACAUAAUUCCAUCUGCGACUCAAUAUGAUAGUGGAUUGUACUGGUGUUAUGGCUCUUUCUCACUGUCAAUUUUGAGAGAUGUUUAUCUACUGACUGUUCAAGCAACAAAAAAUGUGACACUGAAGAUAAAGAAUCCGAAGGUCCGAUUUUACACUGGUGAUAACGUGACUCUGGAGUGCAGCAGCGACAGUGACUUGUCUGGCUGGACAUAUCGUUGGUACCACUUGAGCCAGGCAGGCGUGUGGAAUGAGCUUGACAACACCACUGAAGACACUUACACUCUCCAGUCUGUGGCUCAGUCCGAAGGUGGAAAGUACUGGUGUUACGCUUUCAUAGACGAUCCUCUGCAUUACACAGACUUCAGCAAUGCUGUGACACUGACUGUUCAAGUGGGUUAUUCAAUAGGAAAUGGAAUUCGAAUCGGAUUAUCAUUUCUGGUGCUAAUUCUGCUGCUGGUCCUCGUGAGUGAAUGUUUCUGGAUCAGAGUGCUCUCCAUCAGCAGAUCUGCUGAGGGGGAUAGUGAGGGGCACCAAGCAAACUAAGGCUUUGAAUGAGACUGGCAGUCCUAUAGAUGACAUAUCUGGCACGCCUAAAUGAUGAUGGCUGCAAUUCCUAUUGAUAGUGAAAGACUGGAAAUGAACUUGAGGACAACGAUCUGCAGGCUUCAUGUCUUCAAUCUGUACAUUUACAUUUAUUUGCUUAGCAAACGCUUUUCUCCAAAGGGAAUUCCAAAAAAGGUCAACAUAAUCAAGUAAUCAAGUGAGGGAUUGUUCUGGACGAGGCAUGAAGGGACAAGGUGACAAAAUUAAUCACCCCACAUGAUGAGUUUGAACAAAAUGCAAGUGAGGUUAUGAAAACCUGACAGCUAAGAUCAUUGACUUUUCAGAUGUUUUGAAAUUGAGAGCAUGAAAUUAUCCAAAAUGGCUUAGUAUUGCUGAUGCAUUAAGAGUUCCUUUCACUGGAACUAUGGGGCAAAGCCCAACCUCUUAAAACCAACCACAAACCAUAAUCCCCCCUCCACCAAAUUAUACUCUUGGCACAAUGCAGUCAGGCAAGUGCUGUUCUCCUGGCAACCACCAAACCUAGACUCGUCCAUCGGACUGCCAGACAGAGAAGCGUGAUUCGUCACUCCAGAAGACACGUCUGCACCGCUCGAGAGUCCAGUGGCGGUGUGGUGGACUUUACACCACUGCAUCCGACGCUUUGCAUUGCAGUUGGUGACGUCAGGCUUGGCUGCAGCUGCUCGGCCAUGGAGACCCAUUCAUUCCAUGAAGCUCUCUCUCUACGCUGCACUGUUCUUGAGGUCUGUAGCUAUCAACUCUUCAGGAAGUUGGUGACUUCUGCACAUUGUACGCCUCUGUGAUUUUACAUGACCUAUCGCUUCAUGGCUGAGUUGCUGUUGUUCCCAAUUGCUUCCACUUUGUUGUAAUACCACUAACAGAUGACUGUGGAAUAUUUAGUAGCAAGAAAAUUUCACAAAUUGACUUAUUGCAUAGGUAGCAUCCUAUCACUUUACCACGCUUGAAUUCACUGAGCUCCUGAGAGCGACCCAUUCUUUCAAGAAACUUUCAGAAAUGUUUGUAGAAGCCG